GGAAAUGCUUCCGCAGGUCGAGAGCAGGUGUUCCACCCACACAACGAUGCUGUUUGCAAAUGUUGGUUGGCACUAUGGCUUCUGGAAACACCGACUCGCUUUUACUAACGAUGCUAUUACUCCCAGUCGCCCGCUAACUUUUUUGAAUUGACGGUGCACGGCUGUAAGAAUGUUUCCGAAUACACAGCUUUCAGUUUCGAUUCACAAACGACCAGAUUUAAUAUCUCGUGGGCACAGCUGUUUAAUAUUCAAUCGAAUUGGAUCACUGUUGAUAUUUGAUGCUACCAUUUGAUGUGAGCAUUCAAGAUUUAGAGUUGGACAGUUCUCUGUGUCCUCCUUCACCUUCCUACAUUCAAAAUACAGCCCACUACAGCUUAAGUUGCAAAAUGGCAGAAUCUUCUGAAGACCAAAGUCCUUUUAACUGUCCGAUCUGUCUUCAUCUUCUGAAGAGUCCAGUAACUACAGCUUGUGGUCACAGUUUCUGUAUGGAAUGUCUUAAUGAGUGUUGGGAUCGGGACGAUCAGAAGGGCGUUUUCAGCUGUCCUCAGUGCAGGCAGACAUUCAGCCCAAGACCAGCUCUCAGCAGAAGCACUGUGCUGGCUGAAGUUGUAGAGAGAAUGAAGAGAGAAGCACCAGAAGCAGUAACAGACUCUUCUGUACCAAUUUUUCCUGUGUCUGGGGAUGUGGUGUGUGAUGUUUGCACAAAGACCAAAAUAAAAGCUAUCAAGUCCUGUCUGACAUGUUUGGCUUCUUACUGUGAAUCUCACGUCAAAACUCAUUAUGAAUCUCCUGCAUUGAAGUGGCACAAACUGGUCAAUACCUCGCCACAUUUAAUGGACCAGAUCUGCUCUCAACAUCAUAAACCUCUGGAGCUGUACUGUUCGAAGGAUCAGCAGUUGAUAUGUGUGCAAUGUGCUUUGAUCACCCACCAGAACCACAGUAUGACUUCACCUGCAUUAAAAAGAGAAGAAAUACAGAGACAAAUGACGUCAAAUCAGAAUGACAUAGCUAAAGAAAUGCAGAAGCGAGCGCAGAAGGUGCAGGAGUUAAGAAAAGCCGUGGACUCUUUUAAGGCAGGAGUGGAGAACAGUGAGAAGAUCUUUACUGAGCUGAUCAGCUCCAUGCUGAAAAGACGAGCUGAGCUAGCAGAGGUGAUCAGAGCUCAGGAGAAAGCAGAAGCAAGCAAAGUUGAAGAGCUCAUACUUGCACUAAAGCAGGAGAUCAGUGACCUGAGCAAGAGACAUGAUGAACUGGGGAAGCUUUCACAGAUAAAGGAUGACAUCUAUGUCAUUCAGAAUUUCUCCAAUCUUUCCCAAAACAAAUUGUCAGACUUGAACAAAAUACCUGUCAACAAAGAUGAGACACUUAAGAAUAUUGAAACGGUCGUCUCUCAGCUGAAAAGCCAACUGGAUGAUCUCUGUGAUCAAGGCCUUGUGAGGAUAUCAGAGAAAGUUCCCACUUUCCAUAUAAUGGUGAACAAUGAGAAGAUCACAAAGUAUUUUCCAUCUAAACCCACAACCAGAGAAGAGUUCCUUAUAUAUUCCACUAAACUAAGCCUGAAUUCAAAAUCAGCCUGCAGUCAGCUCUCUGUAAACCAGAAGUCUGUGACGAGGAAUGAUGUUCAACAACAAUCUAAACCAGUCUUCUACGCUAAUGACGAAUUCUUCUCUGGGAUUCAGAGAUGUUCGAACAAGACCUACCAGGUGUUGUGUGAACAGCGUUUAUCCAAACGCUGUUAUUUUGAGGUUAUGUGGAACAGAGAAGGUUGCUCUAUUGCAUUCUCAUAUGAUACUUUUAAGAAAGGAGGAGAUUUUAUCUUUGGCUCUAACGACAGAUCCUGGAAAUGUGAUUUUUCAACUGCUAACAUUUGUGUAUCGCACAGGAACAAAAACACCAAUAUUCCUGUGGUCUCUAAAAUUGGAGUGUUUCUCGAUCAAGAAGCAGAAACUGUGUCCUUCUACAAUGUCUCUGAUAAAAUGACCCUCCUGCACAGAAUCCAGAUCAAAUUCACUGAGCCCCUCUACCCUGGGUUUUCAUUUAUGGAUUGGAAAAAUAAGACAUCAGUUUCAAUUUGUGAUCUUCCAUAAAAUCUAUGUAAAUUUAUUGUUUACGAACAGUGAUUUUGAAGGUUACUGAAUGGAUACUAAUCCAAAGCAAGCCACAAGCAAUUGCUUAAAUUAAACAGUAUCCUACACGCUCCCUCAGCAGGUUUAAUGGAAUACUUUUACAAACAAACGUAUGCCUAAACAUUUUGUUUAUUUUGGAACAGUUUAUAAUGUUUUAUUAGUUUGCAUGUUUUGUGUAGUCGUCCCUGAAUGAUUGCAGCCAUUCUUUGUGUAAUGUUAGGAUAAAGCACAGCAAACUUCAGCUAGUUGUAUACAUUGAUUUCAGUUUGUUGUGCUGUAGCUUGCAAUGCUUUAAAACUGUCUGCUAUUAAUUGUUAUCUUUUAAGUGCAACAGCUAAAAUAAACUUGUAUCUGUGAACUAAUCAUUUCUAAUCUA